AUGGGCAAGAACACAGUCGCCAAGAGACGCUGCCUCGAUGAGGGCGUCGUCUCCCCUCCUUCUUCGGUCUCACUCGAGCCUUCGUCUUCUUCUUCUUCCUCGUCUUCGACUCCAUCACCCUCGUCCUCCCCAUCACCAACCUACAAGAUCAUUAGCUCUCCCGUCACCCGUGCCACAACGCUCAGCCUCGCCUACGACUUUGUGCUUGCGGACUUUGACGCUUGCGACUUGAAGACACCUGUCUACUCGACUGCUCAGACCCCUGGAACUGCGAUCAGGAUGUUAAACAAUGUCGCCCUCGGAGGCGGAUCGCUCGUCUCGCCUGUAUCACCCGCCUGUUCAAUUGAUCUUGAGCCAUUCCGCAUGCUCUCCAACUACAAGGGAUACAAGAAGGCACUCUACCAUAUCUCGGAGAUGGCUACGUUCGAGGAGGACAUGGAAUAUGUGAAGCAUAACGAACCACUCGACAAGUUUUUGGCUCGUAUGGAGAAGAGGGCUGCUUGUGAGACAGACCCUGAGGACGAGGACAUCAAUAGCGGACCUGCUUUUGCUGCGACUCGCGCAGUUGCUUACCCCGAGUCCGAGUCUGAGGACGAGCACAGUGUUAGAAACCGAGGUGAUUUGGCUUCCAAGGUGUUUGUUACUACUAUUGCUGCUGCCAAGUACCACAAGCAGAGACAAGACUACGAGGAUGGAAAUACCACCCCCAAGGCAUUUGCUAUGAUGACUCGCGACGAUGACAACAGAGACUGGGGAUUUUACAGCGACAGCUGUCAGGAAACUGUUCGCGGCUACGGCUCAGGAGACGACGAAGACGAGCAGGAUCUCGACUACGACCACGAGGAUUCAUUUGGGCGCAACUACAAGGCCGCUGAUAGCGCUAACGACUUAGGUCACAGCUACGAGGAUGAAGAUGGCGACCACGAAGAUGGAUACGCAGAUCACCGGAACGACGACAAGGAUUCCUUUGAACAUUAUGACGAGGUCGCUGACGGCGCCCAUGCCUCGGGACUCCAUUACGAGGACGAAUUGAUCGAUUCGACUAAUCUUCAAGUUUCGGCCUGGCCUCAUUGGAACAGACAACCAGACUUGUAA